AUGGCGAAAGAGACAUAUGGUAAAUUAGCUAUACAUGAAAUUCUACUUUCUGGCCUUCCGUACUCGCUUUUUCUUUGUUCUGAUGUGUUAGUUAUAGCAGAGAAAUAUUAACUCUUUAAUUUACUGAUUGUUGGUGUAUCGUGAAAGUAAUAUGCUCAUUUGUUUGCCCUGCAGCAUGUCCCAAUAUUUAUUUUUUGAUAUUUCAAGUUGAAAUGGAGGAUCCUAGAGUCAAUUAAUUAGAAAACCGAAAUAGAUGAUUGCCUUCAUGAAAACAUGUUGGCAUAUUUACAGAUUGCAACCCUUUUUCGCAAUCUUUUUUUUAAUUUUUAUAAGUCCUUCUGAUCUAAUUUUUUGUUAAAAUAACACAUUUUUUAAAAUUUUAGAUUAUAAAAUAUUUCAGACUCUUAUUUUGAACAGAAAAACUGGUAAUGUUAGUCGAUUUUUUUUGUCAGAAGUAUGUGUACCUUGUCUUUUUCUCAGUGAUAUUAUUUCUUUCUUCGCUUGUUCAAAGUAAGAGCUAAUGGCAUUCUUGUAUCUUCAGGCUAUAACAAUGGUUUUCCUACUGUGGAGCCAUUUGGUUCAUUUGUGAUGGACAUGUUUACCCCUAAAAGUGACUUGGAUCUCUCUCUUAAUUUUAUUGCUGAUGAAACCUCUUCAUUUCCUCGGGAGAGGAAGAUCUCUGCUCUUAGGAAGUUUGCCAAGGUUCUUUAUGCGCACCAAAGUAAUUCCUCUUUUCCUUUAAAGCGUUCUUUCUAUUUCAGGUUCAUUAUUUGAAUCUUGAGAUUAUUCUCUCACCUCUACUCUGCCCUUUUAUUAUCAUUGAAAAACUACUACUUGCAACUUCCGAGGUAAUAUGAUUAUCACACAGGCGAGUGAGAUCUGUACUGAUAGAUUUAGUGAGCCGUUCCAAUCAAAACCACUUUAUGAUCAUAGGUCUAUUUCUGCGAUAACCAGCAUGGGACCAUUUCUCGACAUGUUUCAUGAAAAAAGUGAAUGAAUCUGUAUAGAUAUGUCUAUUAUGGAAAUGUCUUCAUGUUAACAUUUUCCUGCGCUAAAAGAAUUCAUCAUUUAUCUUUGGAAGCUUGGUAUGCAAAUUUUUUUGUAGUCAUCAUACCUUGGGUCUAUGGCAGAUUUGUUUGUAUUGAAUUAUAUGUUCAUCAGAGCAUUCCAAUGCUUUUCCAAUUCUAUCCCAUCCAGCGUAUCCUGCGUGCUGGGUCCUGACAAGAGGCGCUCAUAAAACCAGUAGCUGUAGUUGUGAGUAAUCGAAGCGGUCAUAGUGUGUUAUUGUGAUCACCAUCGUCCUUAUGGAAUCCCAAAUAGUUGGCACUGGGCUCAUGGAUGGUAUACUGGUUUUCCAUUCUUUCAGAGACUCUGCUCAUUUUCAUCAUGCCAAAAUUGUAUUUUAUUUUCAAUUCCACUUAUGAUCUUCUCUUCCCCUUAUUUCUUAUCCUUAUGCAAUCUGCACCGUGGUUAUUAAAGCGAAAUUUUUUUAUUGAAAAAGUUUUUUUCACGGAUAAAAUUAUCUCAUUAAACAUUGUUGACGUUUGUGUUUACAAUGCAGUAAUCAUAUCUUUAUGAUGUUAUAGGGAAAGGAAAUGUGUUUGGCGUGUUACCGAUUAUGAGAGCUAGAGUGCCAGUUCUGAAAGUUGUCGAUCGUGGUACGGGCAUUGAAUGUGAUAUUUCUGUCGAAAAUAAGGAUGGUAUUUCAAGAUCCAUGAUGAUCAAUCUGAUGUGUCUGGUUGAUGGAAGGUUUCGGAUACUAUGCUUUCUGGUAUAACUUGAUUUAAUACACGAUUCAUUAUUGAUUGUCAUAAUACCUUCUGUAUUUCCCCAGUUUAGUACACUUAUCUGUAUUUAAGCCCUCAAGAAUGUUAGUCGUAACGAUCCCUAGCACUUCCCUGCAGAGGGUUAUUGUAACAUCUGGAAAUUUUCUUCUGAGCUGGAAAGAUUGAUCAUAUUCUCGUGCUUGAGAUUCGUUUCUUCAAUAUCUGAACUUUAAUUUUACUUUGUAAUUAUCUUAUUUCUCAUGCAGACAAAGGUUUGGGCGAAGGCUCAUCGCAUCAACAGUUCUAAAGAUCAUACACUGAGUUCUCUAUCCAUUACAUUGCUGGUUGCUUUUCAUUUGCAGGUACAAAAAAUAGUUCGAGUUUAUCUUGAAAUCUCAUUUGCUUUUCAUUUGCAUCAUCACUUGAAAUCUUCAAUGAAUGUUUGUUCUAUUUCAAAAAAAAUGCACUGCUUAGACUUCUGCGAAUCUUUUCAUCUAUUUUUCUAGAAGGUGGAAUCCAUAGAUUUUUUUUAAUUGAAGCAUAUUUUAUUAAAAAAUUAUUCUUUUGUCCCCAAAAAUAUGAAUUUCACCUUUUCUCUGUCUCACGGUGUUCAUCUUUCAUUUAGAUUCUUUAAUUCUCUCUCUUGCCGCUUUCAUAAAAACGGGACAUAAAAUCGUGAAUCAAGAGAGGCAAAUAAAAUCAAUACCAAAGACAGAAACCCUGUUGUCUUUUGAACAUGAAGGUUUCUUCCAUGUGGUGGACUGCAGGAUAAACUAACCUUCUUUUCGAUCUUUUUGAAAGACCAAUAAUGAGGAAUGCUACCAUUUUUUGCAUACUGAUUGAAAAUAGUACUGGUGACCCGAUGACAUAGAAGUGGUGAAGAUUUUACUUAAUGAUAUCUUGAGGAUUGACCACGCGUGAGGGCCUUAUUUGCUGGUUCCGUUUGAUGAGGAAAAUUCAGAAAGCAUUCCCUCACUAGGAGCUCAAGAACUUGGACACCUGCCGGACAUGAUAAUUGUGUUUCUACGUAGGUGGUCCCGUUUUUUAUAUUCAAACAGAAAAUGGACCCAGUUUUAUUUUAAAUUUAUGUGUAAUAAACGUACUAACUUAUUUCGUUUUAUUAUCGCACUUAUGUAACAUACCGAUUUCAGUGGAAGCAUGCCAUUCAUUACUUCCAAGUCUUCUGGGCCAGUGUAAUCCCUGGUCUAGUGACGUGCUGUAGAAUAUAUACUUGGGUUUUCUUUAAUGAUGAAAUCUUAUUUCAUUAAAAAAAUAUUUUAAUGAUGACAUUUUAUUUCAUUCUUUCUAGUGCAGACUCGAGAUCCCCCUAUACUACCCCCUUUCUCUGCACUUUUGAGAGGUAAUAUCUUCCGGGAGACUAUUUCAGAGACUUGUCAUAUAUAUAUUUUUUUCCUGCAAUAAAGUCUUAUUAACGCUCAUCCAUAGUUUAUAUGUAAUAUUGCAUGCGAUGAUAUUUAUGCCAAAAUGUCCAAAAAAAAAUGCGGAGAAAAAUCACAUCACGUGCGUUCUUUUAACCUUUCAUUCUCCCGUCUAGAUAUAUAGAGGUUCAUAUCAUUGACUGCUUGAUGUUUGAAGGUUACUCAUUGUUCCUUAUCAGAAAUAUUGUCGACAAGAAUUUCUAUUUGCUUCUUAUUGUCAGAUGGUCAACAACCCAUCAGUGUGCAGAAGGUCGUCCAUGAAUUCAGACAGUUUGGGAGAGAAAAUAAAGAAUCUCUAGCUGAGCUCUUUGUCUCUCUAUUGAGCAAGGUAAAUUAUCCUUUUCUGCCACAGAGAUGGAGAAAUAUCUGAAGAAGAAGAUCACCGUUGAGUAAAAUAAAUGGUAACAGGAAACAGAAAUCAUUGCACUUUCCAUUAUCAUUAAACAUCAAGAGAAUCAUCAUUAAUAAAACAAGAUCCUCCAAAAGCUAUCAUCCAUUCUCCCCCCACUCCCUUACAAACAACUUCUGGGUUCUCCGGUGGGAAGCUCACAACCAUUACAUAUAGCUUCUCCUCACUAUUAGGUAGAAUUUUUCAUUUCCUAUCUGCUGGAGAAUGCUCUGAGCCUGUACACAGACUAAUAAGAUGCUUUUUUGGAGAAUCAGCAAAACAGUUGUUUGAACUUAUAGUUCACUUUCCAGUCUUUUUUCUUCCGAAAAUCAUGCAAUAUCCGCAUCACUUUUGUUAUUUGCAGCUUUCAUCCGUAAGAAGUUUAUGGGAACUUGGUCUAUGUGCAAGCACUUACGAGGGAUCUUGGAUAUCUAAAAACUGGGGCUUCAGUAAUGUUGGUGUAAGUUCCCUUCACAUCGUAGAACAUUUCAUAAUCAAGCAUAUUAUCCAAAGCCCAUUCCUCUUACCAUUUUCUUUUGUUUAGGUAGAGGAUUUCUUGGACCGAUCUCAAAAUUGUGCACGGGCGGUGGGGAAACUUGAACUUCCGCAGAUAUAUGAGUGCAUCGACAGAUCCCUUGAUCACCUGCUCAGCUUCAGGAACGGUUACAUGGAGGGCUCGGAUUUGAAAGUCCUCCUAUUUGGCCCCGUUUCUCUCCAUACCCGGCAGGAAGAUGCGAUCCUCAGUGGAUUGGGCAACCCUAAAAGGAGUUUUCCCUACCAUGAUUCACUCACUGUUCCGAGCAACAACACUCCACUGCCAAAGAAGAUGCGCUACACCGAACCAAUUGGAAGACCCAGCUGGCCUGAGAGUCAAAUCCUCUCAUCUUACCCACAGUCCUUCGUUCCUGGUCAACUUAACUACAGGGCGCCACCUCAACCAGGGUCCCCACCCCCCCCCGAGCCUCACCACCUGGCCUAUCAUAAGCUGCCGUCCCUAUUGCCUAGAAGAUCUCACCAUCUGCCAGCUCGUGAUCCACCAGUACCCGUGGGUCCCCCCAAGCCGGCUUAUUGGUCAGACCUCCACCCGCCUCCCCCGUCAACUCCUCCUGGCCCUUACAUGUUUGAUCACCUCGCUCAUGCUCCGUCAGCAUCAGUGGGCCCCAAUCUGUACUACGGUUCAGAGCGUUAUCCGCCUCUUCCAGCUGACCCUUUGGCACCACGUAGCUACUAUCAGCUAUGA